CCGGGCGAGGAGGAGGAAGAGGCCUGCGAGGGCAGUUGCAGCUUGUCCACGCCUGGGGGGAAGGAGGGGGAGGUGGUGGGGGAGGAGAGCGCUGGGUUCGACAGUGACCCGGAGCCAGCCCGAAAGAGCACCGGUUCUAACCCGGCUGGAGGAGUGUCCGUAUCUGAGCUAGAUGGUGUGCCUGUUCCCAACACCCACCAACCUCUAUGCAGGACUCCCUGUGUGGACCUGGGGUGCGAGGGGCCUCCUGACCCUCCGUCAGGGGAGCCUUCAUCCGGGGAAGCCCUGAGGGAGUACCAGUCCAAGCUGGAGUUUGCUCUGAAGCUGGGCUACGCAGAGGAGCUGGUGCGGCUGGUGCUGGCCAAGCUGGGGCCGUACACGCUCAUCAACGACAUACUGGGAGAGCUGGUCAAACUGGGCCGUAAGUUCGAGACAAACCAACAGCUGACUGGGUCCACGGCUUCACAGCCCACCCCCUCAUCCUCCUGCUCCUCCUCUUCUACCUGUGGGUAUGUGGAGGCAGUGGAGGCGCAGCAGGGGAGGACAGACUGCCCCUAUCAGACAGACCUCCUCCUGGGGGACAAGGAUAACCUGCGGCCCGUCGUCCUGGACGGUAGCAACGUGGCAAUGAGCCAUGGCAAUAAGGAGGUGUUCUCCUGCUACGGUAUCCAGCUGGCUGUUGAUUGGUUUCUGGAGCGAGGUCACCGUGACAUCACUGUGUUUGUGCCUUCCUGGAAGAAAGAGCAGUCCCGCCCUGACGCCCUCAUCACAGACCAGGAUAUUUUACGUCGUCUGGAGAAGGACAAGAUCUUGGUGUUCACUCCGUCUCGUCGAGUCCAGGGUCGCCGGGUGGUCUGCUAUGACGACCGUUUCAUUGUCAAGCUGGCCUACGAGUCCGACGGCAUCAUCGUCUCCAACGACAACUACCGCGACCUGGCCAGUGAGAAGCCAGAGUGGAAGAAGUUAAUUGACGAGCGGCUGCUCAUGUACUCGUUUGUCAACGACAAGUUCAUGCCUCCUGAUGACCCUCUAGGUCGUCAUGGUCCCAGUCUGGAGAACUUCCUGAGGAAACGUCCCAUCAUGCCAGAGCACAAGAAGCAGCCCUGUCCUUACGGCAAGAAGUGCACUUACGGCCAGAAGUGUAAGUACUACCACCCGGAGAGGAGUGCCCAGUGCCAGCGCUCGGUGGCAGACGAGCUGCGUGCCAGCGCCAAGACCUCUGCCACCUCUACUAGCGCCAAGGGCCAGUCUGGCGAGGCCGGGCUGGUGAAGAGCCACAGCGUGCCCAACAAUGUAGCGAUGGGCACCAAGAGAGGUUCUGCCCCCAAAAGGCAGUGUGACCCCAGCAUCCGGGCGCUGUCCUACGGCGAGGCAGAGGACAAGCUGAGACACGCUGAGAAAUGCAACAGCCUCAGUAGUAGUAGUGGGAGUAGUUGUUGUAGUGGGAGUAUUACUCUGUCCCCUGCCCCUGGAGGACCCCCCUCCUCUGCCCUCAGCGACCCCCAGGAACAGCCACCGAGCCUGGGCAGGGACACACCCUACAUGACCCUGCCGCACCCCCACCCUGACCCCUACUCCUCCAGCUGUGACCCUCCAGAUCUGAGCUACUACUCAGUGACGCCGGCCCACUCUGGCCUGGCAGCACAGAGGAAUCCGGAGUCCCGCUUCCCGCUGGACACCGACCUGCGUCUGCUGGGCUCGUCAGACUGUGUCAGCAGCGGAUGUGACUCGUACGGAGAGCGAGCCUCCUGUCUGUGCUGCCCAGGCCCUCUGCUGGACAAAUACACCCACCAUCAGCACCAUCAACACAACCGCCUGUACUCUCAACACUCUGCCCCCCUGCUCGAGCCACACCACCCCUCCCCCCACACCUCUGUCCUCUAUGGCUAUCACCAGAGCCUGGCACGGGGCCACAGCUUCCCCCAUGACGAGCCCCCUGACCCCCACCUGAAGCGUCCUCUGUACCCCCUCCCCCCUCCCCUCCAGCACCAGGCCGUAGGCGCCCGCUCCAGCUGCCCUGGAGACUACCCCUCUGUGUCCCAGUCCGGCCCCUACUCUGCUGGCUCCCCUCUGGGCCGCUGCCUGGCCAACACGCGGCUAGAGACCCUGUCAGACUCCCGGCUGUACGAACGCUCUCCGCCGCCCCCCAGGAAAGCCUUCUCCUGGGAUCCCUACUGCAGCCAACCCCCUCAGUCCUGCUAUGAGACCUACCAGAGUCUACCAGAGACCCACGAUGUAGGCUGGGGACACACAUCUCCAUGGGGACACACAUCUCCAUGGGGACAGACCACACACUCUUACCACCCCUCUCAUCAACCCUACUCCUCUCAGCCCCCUCACCCACCCUACCCCCCUCACCCAUCCCACCCGUCCAUGCCCCUCCACCACAUGCACCAGGAGCCCCCCACCCUGAGCCGGUACGGGGAGGUGCGGGGUAAGGUCUAUCUCAACCUGUGUAACAUCUUCCCCUCUGAGCUGGUGGGCCGGGUUAUGGGGAGGAACCCCCAUGUGACGGACGCCCAGCAGCUAGCUGCCGCCAUCUUGGCUGAGAAGUCCCAGUCUGGCUACUGAGUCCAGCUAGACUACUACUCUCUCCCUAUUCAUAACAGUUAGUUGUAGUUUUGACAAUAUAAGGGUUUGAAUUUGUUUGACUGUAUAUUUGUUUGUGGAUAACUUCAGUGUUAAUCAUGUGCAGGUGAGGAUAUGCAUUGAUUUACAAGUCACAGUUUGAAACAUUUUAAAAACGAACUGUGGAUUCCGAGGGAUCUGAUUAUAUUCCUAAUCUUCUAUUCUAUAUUUUCUACUCCA